GUGACUUGAUAUUUACGUAGUUUCACGAAAACAGCUUAGUAGAUAUCCGUGUGUUUGGUGAUCUUCUAUUUAGUCGCUUGUCAGACUUGUCGACCGAGACCGAGCAUUAUCAUCAUGUACAAGCAUCGAUAAUAUUAGUUGGGUACUAAUCUUGAUCUUCUACAAGCCAGGUCAAUUUCAUUCUCUUUUUCAACAACAUCUAGCAUCAAUAUCAGCAAAAUGUUUCUAUCCAGCACCCGCGUGGGAAGUUGCGGCUUCGUUUUCGUUUUUCUCGAAUUGUUUCUCGAGCUCUCGAACACACAUCAAUCGGCUUGCAUCUUUGUGGUUGCAAAAAGGGCUCCUCGGUGGAGCUUGGGUGAUGCCAGCUCCAGCAGAAGCAGUACAUCUUUUCGAAAUAAGAUACCUUGGAGCUCUACUUUCACGACCAGAGCAACAGGAGGGACAACUUACGAUAGUCGUGGAGAUAAAGCAAAGGCAAUAUUAGAGGAUGAUGGUAUGGCCUUGGAGAUAGUAGACAAACUGGAAGCCGAAGCACCAGACAAACUGGAAGCCGAAGCACCAGACAAACUGGAAGCCGAAGCACCAGACAAACUAGAAGCCGAAGCGCCAGACAAACUGGAAGGCGAAGCACCAGGACGAGAUGGCAUGGAGAUAGACAAUCAGGAAGAGGAAAGACCACCUUCAGCUGCAGCACCACACGUAGACGACCUGAGCAUAGAGAAGAGACCGUCGCAGAAGAUAGAAUCUGAGUCAUCGGAUCACCGUGAGU